AUGGAGGACAAGGAGAAACUGCUGCUUACCGAAUCCAAAAAGGCUGGCGGCCAAGUGUUGAUCGGCAGGAAGUCCACAUCCAAAAUACCUUGGUACUUAGCAACUGGAUUUAUACUGUUCUGGGGACUCCUUUUCUUUGGCGUAGUGAUUCCAUUUUAUAAGCGGUUACCCACGGCUCUAACACUGGAAGACGCAAAUGAAAAUGUCUUCAUUGCCGAACGAGCGUACAAAAAUCUGUAUACCCUAUCGAAUAUUGGUUACAAAUUGACGGGCAGCAAAGAAAAUGAGAUCGAAGCAGUACAAUUUAUUCUCAACGAGCUUGCACAAAUCAAAGAAGCUUCCCUCAAGGACUUUUUUGAUAUGGAAAUAGAUUUAUCACAGGCGUCAGGGUCUUACCCAUAUAAAACUGUGCUUAACGUGUAUCAAGGCGUUCAAAACAUUGCUGUCAAACUAAUUCCUAAGAAUUAUACUACUGAGACGUACCUUCUCGUCAACAGUCACUUUGACUCCAAGCCAUUCACUCCGUCUGCAGGUGAUGCAGGAUUUAUGAUUGUCACGAUGUUAGAAGUUCUGCGUGUGAUUGCAACGACAAAACAAACCUUUCAGCAUCCGAUUGUCUUCUUGUUUAACGGAGCUGAAGAGGGCAUGAUGCAAGCAUCUCACGGAUUUAUUACUCAACACAAAUGGGCUCCAUUGUGCAAAGCUGUUGUUAACCUUGAUGCUGGUGGUAGUGGAGGUAGAGAAAUUCUAUUUCAAAGUGGACCCAAUCAUUCAUGGCUUUUAAAAUACUACAAAAAAUACAUUAAAUAUCCAUUUGCUACGACUUUUGCUGAGGAAAUCUUCCAAUCAGGCAUCAUACCAUCGGAUUCAGACUUUACUCAAUUUAAGAAAUACGGCAAGGUUCCUGGCUUGGACAUGGUUCAACUUAAUAAUGGAUACAUUUACCAUACCAAGUAUGACAUGAUCAAUAUAAUUCCUCGCGAAUCCUUGCAGAAUACGGGGGACAAUGUGCUUAGCAUAGUUCGAGGUCUGGCUAACGCGACAGAAUUGCACGAUACAAAGGCGCACAUGGACGAGACCUCUGUAUUUUUCGAUUUCCUGGGUCUCCGCUUCAUCUAUUACUCAGAGACCACUGGAAUAUGGCUCUAUGUUUGCCCCUCACUAAUUGGCCUUAGUUUACCAAUCACAAUCUACUAUACUUUACAAGGCAACAAGAAGAUCCCAACUGCUUACCAUCUCCAACUGGCGUUACAUGGUCAAAGCAUCAUCCUUGCUCUUCUAGUUAUUUGCCUUACAAUAUUUGGACUGCGUUCAACAUAUAUUCUUUUAAUUCCACUGAUUUUCUACGUGCUAUCCUUGGCCUUUAACUUAUUGACUACUCUGCACGAUCGAGGCUAUGCCUGGACGGGUCUACUUAAAGCCAGCCAGAUAAUUCCUUUCCUUCACAGCAGCUAUAUCAUUUAUGUUUUGAUUGUAUUUGUUACUCCGAUAUCUGCUCGUUCAGGUAGCGCUUCCAAUAGGGACUUGUACAUUGCUGGCUUGGCAGCGGCAGGCACGGUUCUUUCGUUUGGUUUCCUGGUGCCUCUUAUCAAUACCUUCCGACGUCCCAGCCUUGUGGUGCUCUCUCUGUUGGCAAUCACAGCCCUCUCCAUGUACCUAGCCAGUAGCACACAAAUUGGAUUCCCAUUCCGACCAAAGACCAGCGGACAGCGUGUUGCCUAUUUGCAAGUACGCAAUAUGUUCUAUGAGUAUGAUGGAACUCUCAGCAAGGACGAGUCUGGAUACUUGUUUAAUUUCCAAGAUCGACGCGAAGAGACAACGUUCUUAGAUGCGAAAGUCAAUCUGACGGGGCUGGUCAGCAUUAAGUCGAAGUGCGACAAGUAUAUGAUGUGUGGCAUGCCUUUGUAUGACUAUCGCUAUGUUCAGAAUCGACUUCAGAGCAAGUGGCUGCCCCGUUCAAAGUCAAUCGAGCCACCAGCAGCAACAAAAUUGGAGUUGAUAAGCAAAACCACUCUGAGUGCUACGACUGUUCGUUUUGAGUUCAACUUGACAGGACCUUCCCAUAUGAGUUUGUUUAUCCAAGCCUACGAAGACGUUGAGUUAAGCAACUGGUCGUUCCUACGUAGAUAUCUGGACGAUCCACCAGCAUAUCCACUAUCAUAUCAUAUAUAUUUCACAUACGGCAUUGACAGCUCUCCUCUUAACUUCUUUUUGGAGUUUUCGAAGGCGGAUGGAAAUUUCAAUGUGCCCAUGUUCCAGAUGGGAGUUUCGGGCCAUUAUAUUGAACUAGAGGGUGACGCUGAAAGCUUGGAGUUCGCAUCCACAUUCCCAUCCUUUGGAAUUCUAGCCACGUGGCCUGUGCUAUACCAACGAUAUAUUUUUUAAAAAUAUUUUGUAAACAUCUAUCUACAAAUAAAUGUCUUGCAGUAAA